AUGGGGAUCCGGUUCAUACUGAUGGUGAACAAGCAAGGCCAGACUCGUCUUGCCCAGUACUACGAAUGGCUCACCCUCGAAGAACGCCGCGCCAUCGAAGGCGAAAUCGUCCGCAAGUGCCUCGCCCGCAACGAGCAGCAGUGCUCGUUUGUUGAGCAUCGCAAUUACAAGAUCGUGUACAGGAGAUACGCAUCCCUGUUUUUCCUGGUUGGAGUUGACAAUGACGAGAGAUUGAACAACAAGCUGGACUAUGGCUCCACCAGCAUUGGCAUUCAAUUGAUGACCCCUUUCUCUCAGGAAAUCCUUCCUUUCCUCGGCAAGCUCUAUGUGAUCCCCGCAUAG